AGAGCAGCGGCGUUGUCAUGAUGUCGCUGCUGUUGUUGUUGUUGUUGUUGUUGUUGUUGUUGUUUUUGUGUUGUUGAGGAAACCAGCGGAUAAAAAUGUGCUUUUAAUUUCUUUUUGUACUUUUUACCAACCGGAAGCGCCUCCUCCGACCGGCUAACCGGCGGCUAGCAGCUGUGUUAGCCUGUUAGCUGGCUCCACCGGCUGACUUUAGCAUGGCGUCUCCGUUUAAAAUCCCCAAAAAGAAACAGCCCGCAGGUUCUGACUCCGCCCACAUGCACAUGCAGUCGCCCCUGUCCCGCCUCCAGAGCGCCGCCCCAGAACUUAAGAGCUAUGGGGGUCAGUCCAGCAGAGGCAGCGCCGACAGGAUGCAUGCUGGGAGCUCAUUUGGCUCCUCAGCAAACAGACAGAGCGAGCCUCUCUUCAGGGACGUGGUCAAAACGCUGCUGGGACUCAACAGCCCGAACGGAGGGCCGUCCACAGCCAAUCACAGAGCAGCAGGAGGCUGGAGCCGCCAACCACAGCCGGGGCAGAGAGCAGAGUCGUCCUCGGCCUGUUUCUCAAACGGAUGGCGCCCUAAGAGAGCGUCAGACCGACUGCUGCAGUCUGAGGUGACCUCACAGCCUCCGUCUCCGCCACAGAAGAAGAAAAGCGACGUUUGCGACGGUUCGUUCCUGCCGGCCAAAAGCAUCUCUGUGCGAUCGCCGGACUCUCUGGCGGCGCUGCGAGGCGAGGAGCAUGCUGGGAGAGCGUGGAGGAGGGGCGAAGACGCCGCUGAGGGGAAGAGCGACGGAGGAAACGCUGUUGACUCUCUCUCAGGUUCAGAUCAGACGUCAGAAGACGACUUUGUGUCUCCGCCCAGAGCCAGAAACAAACCCUCUGCGGAUAAAUCUCUUCCCAGAGGCGCCCGCGGACCCUGCGUCUCCUCGGCAACGACGCCCGACAGGAGGCGGAGUCUCGACAGGGUGGCGUGGCUCGCCGCCAGCAGCAACCUGCGAGAUGAUGUGAGGGAGAAAGAGAGACAGAAAUGGAGGGAGUUCAAAGAGAAGACGACGUCCAAGAGAUCGGCCGUCCUGCAGCUCCGACUGAAGAACCCGAAACCGACUCCGACAGAACCCAUUGUGCUGUCGAGUGAAGAGGAAGAGGAUGAUGAUGGAGAUGGAGGGACGUCACAGAGCAGCAGCCGGGUGGAGGAUGAGCAGCUUCAGGUCCAUCGUGCUCCUUCCUCCUGCUGGUGUUGAAGGAGCAGCUGCAGGAGCUCCAGGCCGCCCUGCUGGCCUCCAUCCUGGACAUGGAGGAGUACAGGAGGGGCUGUUCCUCCUCCUCUAGCAGACCCACCUCCCCUCUGGAGUGGACCGACGGGCUGCUGCUCCUCCACAGCUGUCCUCCUCCUCUGGACCAGCACCUCCUCGGACUGCUGGGACACUCCACGGAGAAAUCGAGUCCGCUGAAAAACAACCAGAGAAACAAGAUGUCUUCUGGUCUGCAGCAGCUUCCCACCAGGUUGAUCCAGUAUCCGGCGUCGCCCUGUAAAGGCCGGAUCACGGUGACGAAGGAGGACCUGGCUUGUCUGGACGGCGGCGAGUUCCUUAACGACGUCAUCAUCGACUUCUACCUCAAGUACCUCCUUCUGGAGGGAGUCGGCGGCCCCGUGGCUGAGUGCAGUCACGUCUUCAGCAGUUUCUUCUACAAACAGCUGAGCAGACGAAGAGCUGCCGGAGAGAACGAUGCCCUGUCUGUCCCUGACCGCCACACAAGGCACCAGCGGGUAAAGACGUGGACCCGCCAUGUCGACAUUUUCACCAAAGACUUCCUGUUUGUGCCUGUCAAUCAAGAAGCUCACUGGUACCUGGUGGUGGUCUGUUUCCCGGGUCUAGAGAAGGACCAGUACGAGGACUUUCAGAGCCCAACAGGUGGAUCCGAACGAGCUGCAGGAAAACCAUCCCUCAGUCUGAGAUCACAGCAGCAACCGGAGUGCGUCCAGCAUGGCUGCCACAGGGACAGAGUGUUAAAGAGGCCGUGUAUACUCGUCAUGGACUCGCUGAAGCUGUCGUACCACGAGAACGUCUGCAGACUCCUCAGAGACUACCUGCAGGUGGAGUGGGAGGUCCGGAGGGCGACGCCUCGUCGGUUCACGCCAGACAACACAAUGAGCUCCAACUGCCGGGUUCCUCAGCAGGACAACAGCAGCGACUGCGGUCUGUACCUGCUGCAGUACGCCGAGAGCUUCCUGCAGAACCCCGUGGUGCACUUCGACCUCCCGUUGCGUUUGGACAACUGGUUUCCGCGGCAGCUGGUGCGACAGAAGCGUGAGGAGAUCCGGAGUCUGAUAAUGAGGAUGCACCGGAGUCAGAGUGACGAGAGCUGAAAGGACCAAACCCGCCGAGCCGUUAACUCGCAGUGCAAUAAAUAAUUUAUACUGUUUCUACCUGGUUUUUACUUUAAAUCUUAAUAGAAUAAAAUUUCUUACAAAAAUAUUUAAUUGUUUUUUUAUUUGUGAAUGUAAAUGACUUCUUAUCAAUCCUGUUUAUUUCUUCCUGUUUUAUUUAUUUUCAUUUUUGGCUCUUAUUUUGAAAUCUGAAGUGAUUUAUAAAGAUUUCUGGACUCUGAUUGUCGCUAUAAAAAGAUCUGACAAUAAAUGUUUAAUUGUU